UGUCUGUGGUGUUGGUACAAUUGGUGGUGGCGUUAAUGGUUCAAUUUCUCAACCAAUAAGCUCAAAGCGCCCAGGCUUCACGAUCCACGUUCCCGCGCAUAUAAGUGCUAUGCUGGCUCACUCAAAUACACAGGUGUAUGAGUCUCAGAAACUUUAGCCCCAUGUCCCUUCGCGGGUCAACUUCUAAAUCCUUUCCUCUUUACUUCCCGCGUAAAUUUAAAAUCCCACUCUCUCUGAAACCCACGAGAAAUCCUCCAAAGUGUUUCCGUAGGAAUCUAAGUGGACCGAGACUGGCUUGUAAUGCAUUUGACGAAAUUUUUUAUCAGGAAAAUGAAGGAAAUAUAAGAGGAAUUGAAUUCCUAAUUUUGAUGAAUGAGCGGGGAAUUAGUGCGAAUUCUCAAACAUAUCUAUGGCUUUUGGAUUCCUGUUUGAAUUCUGGCUCUUUGGUGAAUUGCAAAAAGCUUCAGGGAAAGAUUCUGAAGGAGGGUUUUGGUAGGGAAACUGUUUUGUGUGAUAAGCUUGUUGAUUGUUAUAAUGCAGCAGGGGAUUUGGAAAGUGCAGUUAAGGUUUUUGAUGAUAUGCCUAUUAGAAGUGUGAUCACUUGGAACAAGAUAUUAUCUGGUUUGGUUGCAAAGAAAAUGUUUAACCGAGUAUUGGGGUUCUUUUUGCGAAUGUUAGAGGAAAAUGUAAAUCCAAUCGAAGUUACACUCUCUAGUGUUUUAAGGGCUUGUGGGGAUGGUCGCUCUGUUGAGCAGAUUCAUGCUAGGAUUAUUUAUCAGGGAUUUGUAACUAGUCCUAUUGCAUGCAAUCCUUUGAUUGAUUCAUAUGCCAAAAAUGGGUUCAUACAUUCUGCUAGAAAGGUUUUUGAUAAGUUAUAUGUGAAGGACAGUGUUUCUUGGGUGGCUAUGAUCUCUGGUUUUUCACAGAACGGAUAUGGAGAAGAAGCUGUUCGCCUAUUUAUUGAAAUGCAAAUUUCAGGAACAUCCCCCACUCCCUAUGUAUUUUCAAGCGUUUUGAGUGCCUGCACUAAAAUAGGGUUGUUUGAUAUUGGGGAGCAGCUUCAUGCCUUAGUUUGCAAAUGUGGAUUCUUUUUGGAGACAUAUGUGUGCAAUGCUCUUGUCACAUUGUAUUCCCGCUUAGGGAACUUCAUAUCUGCCGAACAAGUUUUCAGCAAAAUACAAUGUAAAGAUGAAGUUUCAUAUAAUUCACUAAUCUCUGGACUAGCACAGCAGGGAUACAGUGAUAGGGCUUUGGAACUGUAUAAGAAAAUGCAGCAUGAUCACCUCAAACCAGAUUGUGUUACAGUUGCAAGUCUCUUGAGUGCUUGUGCAUCUGUUAGGGCAUUUUCUAAGGGAGAACAAUUACAUUCAUAUGCAGUAAAAUCAGGGAUGUCUUUGGAUAUUAUUAUUGAAGGUUCUCUGCUUGACCUUUAUGUUAAAUGCUCUGAUAUAAAGACUGCCCACAAAUUUUUCCUCACCACACAAACAGAAAAUGUGGUUUUAUGGAAUGUGAUGCUUGUGGCUUAUGGGCAAUUGGAUAAUUUAAGCGAGUCAUUUCAGAUAUUUAGACAAAUGCAGGUUGAAGGCUUGAUUCCUAAUCAAUUUACGUACCCAAGUAUUUUGAGAACUUGUACUUCAUCCGGAGCUCUUGAUUUAGGAGAGCAAAUCCAUUCCCAAGUCAUCAAGGCUGGCUUUCAGUUUAAUGUGUAUGUCUGUAGUGUGCUUAUAGAUAUGUACGCUAAGCAUGGAAAACUGGGUAAUGCCAGAGGAAUUCUUAGAAGACUUACUGAGGAAGAUGUCGUUUCAUGGACAGCUAUGAUUGCAGGAUACGCACAUCAUGAUUUGUUUGCUGAAGCUCUUGAACUUUUUGAAGAAAUGCUAAAUCGAGGUUUGCGAUCAGAUAAUAUAGGUUUUUCGAGUGCAAUCAGUGCGUGUGCUGGUAUUCAAGCACUUAAUCAAGGGCAACAAAUUCAUGCUCAAUCCUAUAUCUCUGGUUAUUCACAAGAUCUUUCAAUUAGCAAUGCACUUGUUACAUUUUAUGCUAGAUGUGGAAGAAUUCGAGAAGCAUACUUGGCAUUUGAAAAAAAUGAUUUUAAAGAUAAUAUAUCAUGGAAUGGAUUGAUAUCUGGAUUUGCACAAAGUGGAUACUGUGAGGAAGCAUUGAAGGUCUUUGCUCAGAUGAAAAGAGCAAAUGUAGAAGCUAAUUUAUUCACAUUUGGUUCUGCAGUUAGUGCUGCUGCCAAUAUGGCUAAUAUAAAACAAGGGAAGCAGAUCCAUGCAAUUAUUAUAAAAACAGGGUUUGAUACAGAAAUUGAAGUUUCUAAUGCUUUAAUCACAUUGUAUGCAAAGUGUGGUUGCAUUGAUGAUGCCGAAAGAGAGUUCUCUGAGAUGCCUCAGAAAAAUGAAAUUUCCUGGAAUGCUAUGAUCACGGGCUAUUCUCAACAUGGACAUGGUAUUGAAGCAGUAAAUCUUUUUGAGAAAAUGAAACAGAUUGGAGUGAUCCCAAACCAUGUCACUUUUGUGGGGGUUCUAUCAGCUUGUAGCCAUGUGGGUUUGAUAAAUGAAGGCCUUUCCUACUUUGAGUCCAUGAACACAGAGUAUGGUUUAGUUCCUAAACAAGAACAUUUUGCAUGUGUAGUAGAUCUUUUGAGUCGUGCUGGUCUUUUGGGCCAUGCAAGAAAAUUUAUUGAGGAGAUGCCAAUUGAACCAGAUGCAAUGGCAUGGAGGACCCUUUUAAGUUCUUGUACAGUUCAUAAGAACACAGAAGUUGGAGAGUUUGCUGCGCAUCAUCUACUCAAAUUGGAACCUGAAGAUUCUGCAACUUAUGUUCUUCUGUCAAAUAUGUAUGCAGUGGCUGGUAAAUGGGAUUGUAGGGAUCGGACCAGGCAAAUGAUGAAAGACAGGGGUGUGAAGAAACAGCCUGGUCGCAGCUGGAUUGAUGUUAGGAACUCAGUUCAUGCAUUCUUUGUAGGUGAUAAGCUCCAUCCUCUAUCAGAUAAAAUAUAUGACUUCUUAGACGAGUUGAAUAAACAAGCAGCUGAAAUUGGUUAUGUGCAAGAUCGAUAUAGCCUUUUGAAUGACGUAGAGCAGGGGCAGAAGGAUCCAACUGCAUUUGUUCACAGUGAGAAGCUGGCCACUGCAUUUGGACUCCUUAGUUUGUCAGAUCCAAUUCCCAUACGUGUCAUGAAGAAUCUACGUGUCUGUACUGAUUGCCACACAUGGCUUAAGUUUGUGUCAAAGAUUUCAAAUCGGACAAUUGUGGUACGAGAUGCAUACCGAUUUCACCAUUUUGAAGGUGGUGCUUGUUCAUGUAGAGAUUAUUGGUAAGCGGAAUUGCACGAUGGUUAUUGGAAAACAGGAUUUCAAAGGAUCUGAAAGAAAACUAUGAUCUCAGAAGAAUAUGCAACAACUGGCAGGCCCCUCUAAGCUGUUUGCCCUUUCAAACAUUAUUACAACGAUAAUGUUUGUUCCUGUAGAGAUUACAGUCUUGGAAUUGGUGUUUGUGAGAUUUAAUAUUACCUUAAAGAACUCAAUGAACUUGCUGAUUGUGAUCUUGGUGGGAGUUCACAUCUCUAAUCUCUAGGUGCUUAACAAUGUGAAAUUAGCAAGGAGGCAGCAGCAGCAUCCUCUUCCUUACCACUUGAUGGUAGGGUAGCCAUAGUAACUGGGGCUUCACGUGGCAUUGGCCAUGCAAUUUCCAUGAACCUUCACUCCCUUGGUGCAAGAGUUGUGCUCAAUCAUGCCUCAAGCUCCAACCAAGCCGAUCUCCUUGCACCUGAGCUCAAUGCCUCACCUUCAUCUUCUCAUCCCUAGACAAUUGCUAUCAGAGCUGAUGUUUCCAGCCAGACCAAGUCAAACAACUCUUCGAAACUGUUGAGAAAAAAUUCAACUCAAUGGUGCUUCCAAGGCAGCAGCAGAGACAAUGACAAUAAUACUGGCCAAGAAUAGAAUAUAAACAAAUAUUGAUUUGUUAGUAAAAGAGGGAGUGUCUACUCAUAGAAUUGAAAAAAAUGUUGUCUAUGCAUCUGCAUUGUGGGAUGGCCGAUGUAGUGAAUGCUGUUAAAGUCUAGGCUUUCAACCAACGCUCGUGUGCCUGUACAUGCUGUUGCAGUGAAGUUAUCAACCAGUGACAUUACCCAGAAUGAAUAAAAUUGAGCUCUGGAAUUGGAAGUGCGGGGGAUGAAGUGAAGAAGAGAAAGUCCUUUUGUGAACACUAUUGAGUUGACAAGUCCUAUUGAAUGAAGAUGUUGCUUUGCAAACAGGAAACGAUUUGAAGAAAUGGCCCAGGAAGGUACAUACUGUGGCUUGUAUACUUUCUAGGUAUUCGUAUUCUAUGGAGGCUACAACCAUGACUUUGUCUCAGUCUAGAAACCAUAAAAUGGCUGAUCUUGUUUGUCAGGACAGUCGAGCAUUAUGAAGCUGUUAAGUUGGAACUGCCGGAGAAUUGGCAACCCUAGAACAGUUCGAGCCCUCAAGGAUUUAUCCUUGAGUUAUAGCGCACAAGUGGUAUUUUUAAUGGAAACAAAGGUUUGAAGUAGAAUAGAGGAGAUAAAGGCAUUGUUUGGUUUUGAUGGGUGUUUUCUGUACAUAGGUUGGGUAGAGUUGGUGGUCUUGCAGUCUUUUGGAAGAAUUCUUUGAGUCUUCAGAUUAUUGGCUUUUCCUGAAAUUUUAUUCACCGCCAUUUAACGAGAGAAGUAAAGGAUUUACAGCUUCCUAGUUUUUAUGGUUCCCUAAAUGCCAUAGAAGGGGACAGUCGUGAAAUCUUUUGCAUGCACUAGUAGCCCGUGAUUCGAGACCAUGGUUGGUCAUGGGUGAUUUUAAUGAUUUGCUUUCUUCUGAUGAAAAAAUUGGUGGCAUCACUCAACCUUUUUUGUUGUGGAAUGGCUUUAGAGAGGCUAUCCAGGAUUGUCAUUUGACUGAUGUUCCUUUUGCUGGUCAUGGUUCUACUUGGAAGCAUUGUAGGGGAAGACCAGAUUGGGUAAGUGAAAAGGUAGGUAGGGUUUUUGCAACAUCUGAUUGAGUUGGUCUAUUCCCUGCGACUCAGGUAAGUAAUUUGAUUUCUCUUUCAUCUGAUCAUAGCUUGAUUCUUUCAGAGCUUCAAAAUAAUUCUUUCCAGUAAGAAGGAAAGGGUUUUGCUUUGAUAACAAUUGGCUAGUUGAGCCUGAUGUGGCUGAGGUAGUCUCCAAAGGCUGGUUAUCUGGCAUUAACGAUUUGAUGACUAGGAAAUCGAGCCAAGUCUAAGAACUGGAAUUGGGAAGGAACAAAAUCGUAUUUUUUGGCAUAACAGGAAUUAUCUGGCUCAUCUUUUAGAUGAAGGCAGGUAUAAUUUCGGUAUUGUUGAAUACAAUCGGUCACAGGCUAAGUGGAAUUUUUUGUUGGCUUAGGAGUUGCGUGUUAAACAAAUUGCUAAAAUUCUCUGGCUUCAAUAUGGGGACAAAACACACAAUAUCAUCGCCAGCAAAUUAAAGGGAGAAGGAGAAUUAAUUUUAUUUCUUCUCUUAGAAAUUCGAAAGGGGAAAUGGUUUCAGAAUUCGGAGUUUUGCAACAUCUGGUUUAUGAUUAUUUUUCCAAUGUUUUUUAUGGUGGUGAUUCUGAUAGAAGGAGUCUUCUUGGACUUGUCCAUCCUAGAGUCUCUGAAGAAGAUAACCUGUUUUUUAUUACACCUUUCAGUCAUCAGGAAUUCAAAGAUGCAGGUUUUCAAAUGCAUCUAGAAAAAUCUCUAGGUCCAAAUGGCCUAAACCCAACUUCCUAUCAGAAGUUCUAGCAUAUCACUGGAGCAGAUGUGGUGGGCGGGUUAUUAGAAUUGGUGGCAGAGAGGUAUUUUUCCGAAGUUUUAUCUGAUACUUCAACAGUUUUGGUCCCAAAAACUAAUUGUCCUGAGUCUCUUAAGGAUUUCCACCCUAUAUCUUUGUGUAAUGAGCUACACAAAAUAAUAUCAAAAGUGGUUGAGGCUUUAGCAUUGAGGGCCUGUUUGUGCUGUUUAAAAGAUCUUGGUUUUUUUUUGGGGGUCCUGGAUAUGUUUUGGUAGACUCCUUAAUCGUUCAGUCUUUAUGUUCUAGUUCUGUUACUUUUGUGAAUUUGGUCUUGUCAUUAAGGAUUGGAAAACUAUAUUGACUGUUAGGUGGAUUCGAAGGCAAGCAAUGUGAAUGCUCACUCUUUAGCUAAGACCAUCGUACAGUCAUGCUACCUUUAAAGUUUGGAACUCAUGUUUUAUUCAAUUUCUAUCAAUGAAUUUUGGAUGUUUCCUUUCAAAAAAAAAAAUAAAAAAAAAAAAA